CGGCCGGAAAAGGUAAUGGCGGAGAUUGGGACGGAAACGGGGAAAGGAAGCGAGAGAUGGAACGCAGCGAUCGGAAACCUAUCGGAAUUAACCGUCAAUUUAGAUUCUCUCCAGAAGCUACUCAUCAAGAAGGCCGUUUAUGUUGAUGAAGAAACCUUCGCCAAGGCUUCUCUCAGCUCCGAACAAUCCCGCACUAUCAAGGUUUUGGAGCAGAGAGUAGAAGGUUUAGAACGCGAACUUGAUGCAGCAAUUACGUCUGCUGCACAUGCUCGAUCGGAGAAAAGGCAGGCUGAAGCAGCACAAAGAUCUGCUGAACUUCGAGCAUUAGAAAUUACAAGAGAGCUUGAGAAUACCACAAGAGUGUUUGAACUGCACCUGGAAGAAUUACGAGCAAAGCAAGAAGAGAUUAACAAGAGAGACGAAGAAAUUAAGCUACUUGAAGCUAUAAUUCAGACACUUGGUGGAAAAGAAUCUCAUUCAUAGAAGGGGUAAAGUUUAUGCUUUUGUAAGUAUAUAUAUAUAUGUUUGUGUGCUGUUGUAUUUUGUAACUUAUCAUGUGAGUUCUCUAGGAAAAACUUCAUUGUUUUGUUUUAGAUGUUUUUGAUUUUCCACUACUCAUAUAUGACAAGUAACAAUUCGC